UAAUAUUUUGGAUUAACUUUAAACGCGUUUAUUUCUCAUAAAUAGGAAAUAAGAGCCGUUUCUGCAGUUUGUCUCACCGUUAAACCGGAAGUUGUUGUUAGCUUGUUGUCAGUGAGAGAGGCUGCAAAUGGAAGUUUUUAGGAGUUCGUAGAUGAGAAUAGAAGUUGGAGGAAUAAGACACUUGUUCACUAUGAGCUCAGCAGCUGAGGACAGAGAGCCUGGGAUUCCCAUGGAUCAUUCAAAAGAAGAUCUUGGUGGAGCCGCAAACACAGGAGAUUACAGCAAACAUGAUAUGACGGUUUGUUUGGGCAACAGCGAAGUGAAAAGCAGUGCUGUGGUCAAGUACUCUGCUGCCCCGCCUCCAACCACCUAUGCCCUCCUGCAGGAGAAAACAGACCUAAAGCUGCCACCUGCCAACUGGCUGAGAGAAAACUCCAAGCUGGGCAGUGCUGGCACCACUGUGUUAGGCUCCAGUAGCAGGAGCAAACCUUUCUCCAGGUAUUCUCUUUAGGUUUGCAGAAAUUGG